GCGUAUUUUCCGUCAAAUAGAAUGCUGCCCGUAGUGGUCUGGUAUGCCAUCAAAAGGCGGAAAUUGAUGCGCCAGGCCGUCAGGUCCACCCCCUAAAUGUGUCUUUCAUCUCAGCCACCACCUUGUUCACGUAGACGACCGUCCAUACAAUGAGCGACAAAGGGUACACCUACACCGGCUCUGGCACUAACAGUCAGGGUAAUCACUAUUGUAGCCGCCAAGAUAGCGGUACUGGGGCACCUUCCUACCAUUACUCCAACCAGGAUGGGAGCUAUUAUUAUAGCAACUCAAAUGGUUCCACCUACUACAACAGCGGUAGUGGGUAUUCGCAGUACACUUCCCCUGGGGGACAAGUCAGCAAGUCAACUGGAAAGUGAACUCGUGCAUCGUAGUAGGACGUCGUUUGUAAUUUUUGUAUUUUAUAUUAGCAAUUGAAGCUCAAUGAGAGCAAAACACGAAUUGUCGUGCCAAGUAA